AUGAGAAAAGACGACCGGAAGAAAGAAAAUGAGGCGUACACGACAAUAAGAAUACAGAAGAAGUCUGGCAGGAAACGAACAAACAUAGACUUAAGGAUAAAGAUUGACACUGGAGCCCAGAGUAAUAUCUUACCUGUCAACCUCUACAAAAAGAUGUUCCCAGAACACAUAACAAAAGAGGAUAAAGUUACACAAGGAAUCCUCACACCAAGUGAUGUAAUCCUCACUGCGUACGGAGGAACCAGGAUCCCACAACUGGGUAAAACAACUAUCACAGGGACACACAAAGGAAAAAUAAUUAAGUGUUCUUUUUAUGUCACAAGAACAGAAGGGCCAGCAAUUCUUGGACUCAAUACCUGCAAAAAGCUAAAUAUUGUAUCAAUCAAUGCUGAAGUGAAAGCAGCGCCAAGCAGGAUUGACAGUGAUAUGCCUAUCAAAGAUCGACCACAAAUCACAAACAAAGAGGAACUGUACCCUGAAUGCUUUGACGAUACAGUCGGGUGCUUUGUGAAAUGCCGAUACCAUAUAACAGUCGAUCACAAUAUCAAACCAAUUGUUCACCCACCUCGCCGCGUCCCUCUAGAAAUAAAAGAGAAGCUGAAGACAGAGUUGGACAAAAUGGAAAAAAAGGAAAUAAUCACCAAAGUGACACGACCAACAGACUGGGUAAAUUCAAUUGUGAUCAAGGAAAAACCCAAUGGUACCCUACGGAUAUGCCUCGACCCAAGGAACUUCAACAAGGCAUUAAAAAGGGAGUACCAUCCAAUUCCAACCCUUGAAGAAAUCACACCAUCAUUGGCUGGAUCCAAAUUAUUCAGCAAACUGGAUGCCAGCAAUGGGUACUGGAAUAUAAAAAUAGACAAAGAGUCAUCCAUGCUCACUACCUUCAACACACCAUUUGGCAGAUAUCGGUUCAACCGACUCCCAUUUGGAUUGAAGGUGAGCCAAGAUGUUUUCCAGCGCCAAAUAGAUGAGACAUACCAAGGCUGCAAGGGAGCAAUUGGAAUAGCAGAUGACAUCCAAGUGCAUGGCAAGGAUGAGACCACACAUGACUUCAAUUUACAUGAAGCUAUGGAGAAAACCCGACAAGCAGGCAUCAAACUCAAUGCAGAAAAGUGUAUAAUAGAGGAAAAGGAGUGCAAAUUCUUUGGAAUUAUAUACUCUGCAGAGGGAGUUAAACCAGGCCCCGCUAAAGUGGAAGCCAUCAGAGACAUUAAAGAUCCUAAAGACAGGAAGGAACUCAGGAGCUUCAUGGGACUCAUCAACUACAUGGGAGCCUUCAUACCCAAGCUGGCCGAUCACACUGCAAAUCUCCGAGAACUAAACAAAGAUGACGUAGAGUUUGAUUGGUGUGCUUCACACACACAGGAUUUCAACGCAAUCAAAAAGCUCAUCAGUAAGGAGACAACUCUGCAAUACUAUGACAGACGCAAACCAGUAACACUCCAAGUCGAUGCUUCUAUGAGAGGAGUUGGCGCAGCACUGAUACAUAUGCCUCUAAAGCUCUCUCACCCACAGAGACAAGUGAAAGACCUGACAGCCAAAACAAUCACCACAGUGGCUCGAGGACUUCUAGCAGAGCAAGGAAUACCAGAGCAGAUCAUAUGUGACAAUGGAACCCAGUUCACAUCACAAGAAUUCAAAAAGCUAGCCGAUGAGUAUGGGUUCAAUAUUACAACUUCAUCUCCACACUAUCCCAAAGGUCAUGGGUUUAUAGAAAGACAGGUGCAGACAGUGAAGAGAACACUAGUCAAAUGCCGAGAGACUAAGGAAGACCCACACCUGGCACUUCUGUACCUACGAGCGACACCACUGAGAGCUGAUAUGAAAUCCCCAGCAGAAUUGCUGAAUGGCAGGAAGUACAAAACUACCCUGCCAACUAAGAUCCAACCUCCUAUUGACCAGGAAGAGACAAGGGCAAAACUAGCAGCCACUCAAGAACAACCAUAG